CCGUAAGAGAAAGGGGUUUCUUUCAGAAGUUCGGGGGAUCUUUUUGGGUUUGAUAGAGGAUUACAAACAGCCAAAAAAAAAAAAGUCUUCUUCUCUUAAUUUCUGGAUAGAAGAAGAGGAAAGACUCACGGAUAUAUAGAAGAGGGAAGCCUUAAGUUUUAGAUUUGAAAUGGCAACAAAUGGAGCUUCCAAUGCAAUUGUUCCAUAUCUUCUCGAACUUGAUAAGUAUGAACAUUGGACAAUUUUCCUUAAAAACUAUCUGUUGACUCAAGAUCUUUGGGACGUGAUCGAAAAGGGUACUGAUGCUCUUCCUUCUUCAGACAAGGUUGAUCAGACGAAAAAGAAUGCUGCAGCUCUACAUGCAAUUCACAUUACAUGUUCACCAUAUGUUUUUGCUUUAACAAAGGAUAUCAGUUCUGCCAAAGAUGCUUGGAACAAAUUGGCUGAAAUGCAUCAACUACGGCAAUCCCAUUCCCACCCUAAAUCAUCAACAAGUUCAGUGUCACUUAGCAGCACAGAAAGGCCUACGGCCAGCCAGUUGGAGUGCGCAAUCAACGAAGGAGAUUGGAAUACCGUAGAAAAGAUUUUCCAAGAGAAUUCAUAUCCGAUGAGUCGGAUAAUUAAUGACAGCAAGCAAACUGCUCUUCAUGUUGCAGUUUUAGCUGGUGCUGUAGAGAUUGCUGGGGAAUUGAUCCAGAGAAUGUCAGAAACAGACUUGCAAAUACAAGAUAUGAGUGGUUCUACGGCUCUUUCCUUUGCUGCUCGUAAUGGGAAGAAGAUAGCAAAAUGCUUGGUUAAAAAGAACCCGAAUUUAGUAACUAUUCCAGAUGAGGAAGAAUAUAUCCCCAUUGUAAGGGCAUGUGCUUUUGGCAAUAAGAAUUUGACCGAGUAUCUGUAUUCUAAGACCCCUAAAGAAUUCCUAAGCCCAGAUGGUGGCAAAAAUGGGCAUUGUCUCCUCAAUUAUACCAUAACCGGCCAAAUGUUCGAUAUCUCAUUGGAUUUACUUCGGCAUUAUCCAAGCUUGGCUGUCAACAAUAGCACUAGCCAGGAAGACUCUCCAAUUCUAACAUUGUCCAAAGAAUCGUCUGCAUUCUUUAGUGGAAGUGGUCUUGGAUUUUGGCGACAUUUAAUUUAUCAUAGUAUAAAGAUAAACAAACACAGUUUCUCUAAUGAUCGAAUUCCUGUUUCUCACCAAGACCAGAAUGAAGGGAAAAACAUCAAAAUGCAAGCGUUUUUUGGACUUCGUGCAUUGGACUUAAUGCUUCUAAAGUUCCCUGGAAUCAAGCAAAUUUAUGAUUUGAAGUUGAUCCAUACACGUUCGCGUGAGGAGAUUCAAAGCAUUGUUCCAAAGUGUUGUAAAAAUGCUAGAAAUGAAGAUGGUGAAACUCCUAGUGAUGUAUUUACAAAGAACCACAAGGAAUUGGCAAAACAAGGGGAGAAAUGGAUGAAAGCUACAGCGAGUUCUUCUAGUGUUGUUAGCUCUCUCACCAUUAUCAUCAUGUUUUCUGCAAUUUUUACUGUUCCUGGUGGCAACAAGCAGGAGACUGGCUUUCCCAUUUUCUUGGCUAGAAAAUCGUUUAUGGUAUUCUCGAUAUCAGAUACGAUUUCCCUCUUCACUGCAUCCAUCUCAGUGUUGAUGUUUCUGGGAAUCCUCACAUCACGUUAUGCCGAGAAAGACUUUUACAAGUCCUUACCCCGGAAGUUGAUUUUGGGCCUUUCAACACUCAUCAUCUCUAUAACAAGAAUGAUGGUAACAUUUUCCUCUGCUCUUGUAAUUAUGUUACAAGGCCGUUGGUUGGUAAUUCUUCCAAUAAUUCUGCUAGCUGCUCUUGCUGUCACUCUUUUUAUGUUGCUGCAAUUUCCCACUCCUUGUUGAAAUUUUUAUUUCAACCUAUAGACCAGGAAUCCUUGUCAAGACAAAGAAGCUGUGGCCUUAGCACAAUAAAUGUGUUCAACUUUCUCAUCAUCAUGUAAUCUUCGAACUUAUAUUAGUAAUAAAUUAAUGCUCCUAAU